GUGGUAGUAACUGUUUAUUAUUUAUAGUACUACCAGGUCCGUUCAGUCCUGUUCUGGCCCUCUUUGGUUCUGUACGUUCUAGUCACAAGAUACAACAUGACUGAUAAACGAGCAUGGGUGACGCUGGCAACGAACGAUUCGUACGCAAUCGGAGCAUUAGUACUGGCAAACUCCCUCAAGCUGGUGAAUACCACACACGAACUGGCUGUUCUAGUCACACCUGGAGUUUCCCCUGCUAUGAAGGAAGAACUGGGAAAGGUGUUCAACACCGUGAAGGAUGUGGAUGUCCUGGAUUCUAAGGAUGUGGCCAACUUGGCCCUCUUGGCACGACCCGAGCUCGGGGUGACGUUCACCAAACUUCACUGCUGGAACCUCACCCAGUACUCCAAGUGCGUCUUUCUUGAUGCAGACACUCUGGUAGUACAGAAUGCUGAUGAGUUAUUUGAAAGGGAUGAGCUAUCUGCUGCACCAGAUGCCGGUUGGCCUGACUGCUUCAAUUCCGGUGUGUUUGUCUUUAAACCGAAUAAUGACACUUUCAAAGCCCUCGUCGAUUUUGCAGUAACAAAAGGAAGCUUUGAUGGUGGUGACCAGGGCCUUCUAAAUGAAUUUUUUGGAGAUUGGGCAACGAAGGAUAUUCAAAAGCACUUACCUUUCACAUACAACAUGGUCUGCACAGCAUCUUAUUCUUACCUCCCAGCAUUUAAAUUCUUUGAAAACAAAGUCAAAAUAUUACACUUUAUUGGUGUUAAUAAACCAUGGCUUCAAAGUGAACCAACCAGCUCAUCAAUGUCAAGUUACUUAGAAUUGUGGUGGAACAUCUUUAAUGGAAGUGUGAAUAAACAACUUUCUAAUAAAAUGAUUAUUAAUUGCACUGUUUAUGGAGAUGGACAAAAAGCUUCUCAAAACUGCACACCACCUCCUCCUCCUCCUGAACCUUACCAAGAAAGGUAUAUGUUCAUUGACCCCUGGGAACAAUUUCAAAACCAACCGAACCAAGAAAUAAGUUCUGACCAAGAAGUAUUUACUGACACAGAAAAUUUCCCAAUAAACAAUACGACUCAAGACCAAAUCGCAUUAAAUAGUUCUAAUACAAAUCAGGAAGAACAACUUCAUUUCACACCCACUCAUAACAGAAAUAACAAUACUUUUGAAAACAGAUUUACUCCAUAUGGACAAACAAAGAAAGGGAAUGAAACAAAAAAUGACACAUUUACUCCAAAUGGACAAACAAAGAAAGGGAAUGAAACAAAAAAUGACACAUUUACUCCAAAUGGACAAACAAAGAAAGGGAAUGAAACAAAAAAUGACACAUUUACUCCAAAUGGGCAAACAAAGAAAGGAAAUGAAAUAAAAAAUGACACAUUUACUCCAAACGGACAAACAAAGAAAAGGAAUGAAACAAAAAAUGGCAAACUCAUUAAUACUGAAAUAUAUUUUGACAAAACAAACCACUCCACAACUCCCAUCAUUAAGUCAACAAACAAUAUGAAUGAAACUUUUAUUAACAAAAUGCUAAUAAAUGAUAGUAUAAUUCCUACUGCUACCCUGUGUACUGAUUGUUCUCAUCCCUUUGUUGAAAGUAAUAAUUUACUAGAGGAGUCUGAACUUGAAUAUCCAGAAAUUUCUGGUGAGAACGGACUUGCAGGAGCCUUGGGAGGAGGACAGCGUGCGGAGGUUGAAGAACAGUGGAGGAAACAAAAUUGGGAACAGGGUAACAUCGAUUAUAUGGGAAAAGAUUCCUUUGAAAACAUAUGGAAGAAAAUAAGUCAAACUGUUGGAUUACCAUCAGCUCCUGUUGAUACUUCUAAAACUGACUUACUAAAGCAAACAACAAAGGAAGAAGUUGCUAAAACUGUAACAUCAAAUGUACCAUUAGCACCGGCACUUGAACCACUGAAAUCAAAUGCUGUUCCUCUCCUAUCUGAAUCUCCAAAAAGUGAUGCAGUUGUUCCAAAUGCAAAAGCUGCUGACGCACUAACUUCAACUGUUGCGUUAAAAGAUGAGGCCUCUCCAACACUAGCUGUGACAAAAACUGAAACUCCUGCAGCACCGGGCACUCCAAAAACUGAAGCUCCUGCAGCACCGGGCACCCCAAAAACUGAAGCUCCUGCAGCACCAGGUUCCCCAAAAACUGAGGUACCUGCAGCUCCAGCUGUGCCGAAAGCUGAUGUCUCUGCAGCACCAGGCACUCCAAAAACUGAGGCUCCUGCAGCUCCAACUAUGCCGAAAGCUGAGGGCUCUGCAGUACCAAGUACUCCGAAAACUGAGGCCCCUGCAGCUCCAGCUAUGCCGAAAGCUGAAGUCCCUGCAACACCAGGCGUACCAAAAACUGAGACCCCAGUAGAACCAGAUACUCCAAAAACUGAAGCACCUGCAGCACUAGGUUCCUCAAAAACUGAGGCCCCGGUGGCACCUGGUUUACCAAAAACUGAAGUCCCAGCAUCACCUGGCACUCAACAAACUGAGGCUCCUCUAGUACUAGGAUCACCAAAAACAGAGGUUCCAGCAGCACCGAGUACACCCAAAACAGAGGCUCCUGCAUUACAAGAAACCCCAAAAGCUGAUGCCCCUGUUUUACCUGGUUCUCCUAAAACUGAAACUCCAGUAGCACCAGGCACUCCAAAAUCUGAUGUUCUAGCAGCUCCAAGUCUUCCAAAAAGCGAUGCCCCAGUGGCACCGGGUUCACCAAGUACUGUGGCUCCUGCUGCACCUAGCUCACUGAAAACAGAAGGUCCAGUAACACAAGGAACACCAAAGGUUGAGGUGCCGAUAGCACCAGGCACUCCCAAAACUGAAGUUCCAGAAGCUCCGGGUACUCCAAAAACAGAGGCACCUGUAUUAGCAGGUCCACCAAAGACUGAGGCGCCUCCAGCACCAGGAACUCCAAAAACUGAGGCACCUGCAACACCAAGUGCUCCAAAAGCUGAAGCACCAGCUGUACCAAGUACUCCAAAAUCAGAUACUCCUGUAGGACUAGGUGGUCCAAAGAUGGAGGCUGCCACACCCCAAGGCACACUAACUGAUGCUCCUAUGGCACCAGGCACUCCAAAGACUGAGGCCCCAGCAUCACCAGGUACUCCAAAAGCUGAGGUUCCUCUUGCACCAAGUACUCCAAAGACUGAGGCUCCAGCAGUGCCUGGUUCUCCCAAAACUGAAGUUCCUUCUGCUCCAGCGACAACAAAAACUGAAUCUCCAGUUACAUCCAAAUCGGAACCCACACCAACAGAACCUACCAAAGAUGCUUCAAAAUGUUUAUCAAAGGAACUUCCAAAGACUGAAUCCAAUAAAUCAACUGAAGUGGUAAAACCAGAAGCACCAAAGACUGAAGAGCUUCCUAAGCCAACUGACACCCAAAAGACUGAAGCUCAAAAGCCUAAUACAAAUGUGCCAGUGCAAGAAACUCCUAAACAAACAGUAUCAAAUGAAUCUGUCAAAUUGGUUGCUUCUGAGCCAUCUAAAGAUAAACCUAAUGAAGAACCCAAAGGUAGUGAAAAAACCACAGAGCCAACAGCUGCCUCUGAAAAAAACACUGUACCUGGCACACCUACAGUCACACCUGCAACACCAGGAAGUCCUUUUCCAGAAGAAGUGAAAUUACCAUCCAACCAAUCUGAACCACAGAAACCAGUAGCUAGUGCGGCUACACCUGUAGAGGCCCCAGUGCCUCCAAAAAGAAAAGGAAAUCAGAAAGGAGGAAAUGGCAAACAAGGAAAAAACAAGAAAUAGUGAAAAUGUCUUUAUAACUUGCUGUGAUUUGUGCUUUUAUUUUAUAAAUCAUGACUUUGUGUGCGAUCUACUGUAUAAUAAUCAAAUGACAAAAUUUUCGCAAGGAAUAUUGAAUAGCGUUAACAAAAAACUAGUUGUGAAAAGUGUAACAAAAGAAUUCUAGUCUUAUACAAAAUGUAUGUAUAUUCUUGUAACAAUCAAAAAUUACUCAUUGAGUGUAAUGAAUAGUUUACCAUAAUUUCUCUUAAAUACAUAAAUUUGUAGUUCCAACAAAUAUAAAGAAAAAUUCACAGUUUGAGUGUUAAAAUUUUUUAUUAAAAGUAUUCUUUUUGGUUAUGGUUGUAACAACUUCUUAAACCUAUCUCAUCAAUAAUGGCUGUGUGUAAGUUUCAAAUUAAUUUCAGUAUAAUGUUUUAAUUGAACAAAAACAACAUAGCAAUUGUAUGCUCUGAAUCUGUUGGAAUGAAAUGGACAUAGAAGAAAAUAAAAACGAUUAUUUAAACA